AUGGCACGUUCUUCCUCCUCGACUCCUGCACCAGCCUCUCCUUCUGCACUGGCGACACGCCGAUUACGCGGGUCACAUCAUGGGCCCCAGCCACUGGUUCUCACUGCGGAUCCCGGGCGCAUCGAGCCCCCGAGCAUGAAAAGCGCGCCUCCGCUCACGAGCUCGACCGCGAUCGACUCGCCCUUUGUCCAGACGCCCCGCACGCCGUACUUCUACUUCGACGAGCCGUUCGAUGCUGCCGACACCUCGAACGCCGGCGGUAGCAGCAGCAGCAAUGACGCCGCACGGGCGAACCAAAGCGGGAAGGACAAAUCCCCCUCCUCCUCCUCGCCGUCUUCCCCCUCCUCGAUGACGCAGUCCUUCCGACGGUUCGCCGCGCGCGGGCUGCGCGUCAAGAACCUCUUCUCCCCACCGAAGCCUCAGUCACCCCGGCGCAUCGAUCCGGCGCAGAUAUCCCUUCCCCUCGAGCGGCCCGCGGACCGCCCGGCGGCGGCGGUGACGUCCGCGUGGUACGACGACCCGGAGUCGCAGUCGCAGUCGCGUUCGCCCCCGCCGGUGCCACGUGCGAUCGUAGUGUAUCCUGUGUCGGACUCGGAGUCUGGUUCGGAGUCGGGGUCGUCGUACGAGAACUAUCCGGAGGUGUAUAGUGAUGCGCGGGAUCAUGAUGCUGCGCUAGGGUGA